AUGGUGUUUAAACUACCACUACAUCCAACAGUCCAGCAUCCAGAACUGGUGAAACACCCUAUAAGAGAUAUAGGAUAUGCUUGGGGCAGCCGAAAAUGUGAAUAUACACGCAACGUGUCACUGGAAAUUUCCCCCCAGCAUUUUACGCCUUCCGUGCUGCGCCAUCCCCAUUUUUUUUCAUAUAAGAAUCGAUACAAUUCCCAAUUUCCUGUUAUUCCUCCUCUUCCUCCUGGUUUCCUUUCGGUGGUCCUUGGUUUCCGACACGUGUUUUCUUGCGCAUGUUUUUUUUUUGUCUUCUAUGCCCAGCUUCCAUUCCACUGUAGCCACGGAGAGGCCCUUCACGUCAAGUUCAUGUACCAGUGUCCAGUGUCCAGUGCCGUUUUGCUUUUAAGCACAAGUACUUUUUAAACCCUACGCAGUUAUCUGCUAGUGUCCAGUGUCCCGUCCCGUCUUGCUUUUUAGCACAAGUACUUUUCAAGCCUUCCGCUGCUGUUUACUAGUUUCUAGUUCUGUUUAGCUGUUAACCACCAUUCUUUUUAUGGUGCCUUCAUACCAUGUAUGGUCCACUGAGUGUGUUCAAAGGUAUGCCUAUGGAGAGGUGUACCGAGAACCAGCUCAGUAUUUUUACACCCUUCGCAGUUAAUAGCUAGUGGUCACUGAGUACCUCGUAUUCUAUCGGUCACGAUAUAUCAAAAGGAAUAUACGUAAACAUUUUCAUGCAAAAUGUGUAUAUCAUGGUCUUUAACAGUGAGUCUCCGGGCUCUUUUCCAACUCGCUCAUUGUAGACGCCUUAUUUAUAAGGCUUGUCUUAAUAUGAGAUUCUGGUUUUUUUAUUGAACGCACUGCACUCUUUGGCGUCUAGUCAUUGAGUUCGCUCAAGGUACCAUGGCCUAAAAUUGGUCCGUACUUUGAGCGAUU